AUGAAAGAAAAAUUUACUUCAGGGAAAGAAGGAAGCACUGGUGGUGAAAUAGCUGCCAUGUAUUUCAUGAAUUGGGUUGGUAUAAAGGUUGAUUCUGUCCAUAUACCGUAUGAUAGGCACUUCCAAGUGCAACCAGAGAAGCUUGUUAAUGUCAGACGCGUAGAGUCCCUAUUAAAUUACUCAUUCCGUGAUCCUUCUCUUCUAGUGGAAGCACUAACCCAUGGUUCAUACAUGCUUCCUGAGAUUCCAGGAUGUUAUCAGCGGUUGGAAUUUCUUGGGGAUGCAGUGUUGGAUCAUCUAAUUACUAUUUAUUUGUACAAUAAAUAUCCUGGGAUGUCACCUGGAAUUUUAACUGAUAUGAGGUCUGCUUCUGUGAACAAUGAUUGUUAUGCUCGUUCUGCUAUAAAGGCUGGAUUGCACAAGCACAUCCUGCAUGCUUCACACAAACUCCACAAGGAUAUAGUUUAUACAAUUGAAAACUUUGAGCGGUUAUCAAGCGAAUCAACUUUUGGAUGGGAAUCUGAGACAUCCUUCCCCAAGGUACUUGGAGAUGUUAUCGAGUCUUUAGCAGGGGCAAUUUUUGUUGAUUCCGGAUAUGAUAAGAAGAUUGUCUUUCAAAGUAUAAGUCCUCUCAUACAGCCUUUGGUUACUCCCGAAACGAUUAGGCUCCAUCCUGUAAGAGAGUUGAAUGAACAUUGCCAAAAAAUGCAUUAUAAUUUGAAGAAACCCGUCAAGUCUUUCCAAAAUAAUGUGGCUACCAUUACAAUAGAGGUCGAAGCUAAUGGGUUCACAUACAAGCAUUCAUCAACGGCUUCUAACAAGAAGACAGCACUCAAAUUAGCUUGCAAGGAAGUUUUGAGGUCCUUGAAAGAAAGUAUUUAG